ACUCCUUGAAAUUACUUUUAAAAAUAAAAAAAAACUAUUUUAACAUCAAAAUUAUGCGUUUUUCGGUUUUGGCCACGGAGAGGCUGAAUAUUAGACAUAGCAGUGACAUCUGUUGUAAUUACCACUCCUCUGCCAUGGAUAUGGAUAACAUACCUCCACUGUUAAUCCUCGAAAUCCUCAGCCGACUAGCUGACUCAACAGACCUAGCUCGUUGCCGAGUCGCCUCGAAAACCCUCAACGCACUCUCUCGCGAUGCCCGAUCCAUCAAUCUCAAUUGCUCCUUCGAUCGUUACACCAAGUCCCGAUCUCCUGACAUACGGGAUUCCAUUACACCCUUCAAGCGAAUCUUCAAUAAACUGAUUUCUGAAUUGAGCAUUGUGGAGGCCAUUUCCAUUGGGGUCGAGAAACCUUUCGAAACGGUGCAUACGACACCGUUAGGAUAUGUGAAUGAUUCGCACUUGACGGAUGUUAAUUUUGUUGCCCACUGGUUGCCUAAGGUUAACGAAAAGUUGAGAGCUCUUUCCAUAUCGGACUUUUGGGUUCAAUCUUGUUGGCGACCAUCAAAUGUCCUUGCUCUUAUCUCUUCCCAUUGCCAUCAUCUUCUUGAACUAGAGAAAGAAUUCUUGGCUGUCAGUGGAUGGUUUGCUUCUGAUGCCCAAGCUUACAACUUCGACACUGGAAUUUAUUACGUUGGAUGAUGAAAACCUAAACAAGGUGAACCAGUGCUUCCCAUAUUUGCAAGUUCUGUAUCUGAUUGGGGUCGAAGGACUUAAAGAACCUAAGAUUCAUCUCGAGCACCUCAAACAUUGUCAUUGGACAGUGUCAAAUGGCCCACGUUCUGUGACUAUAGUUGCACCCAAACUUGUCCAACUCAAUCUUCGUUGUGUGAAGCCAAAGAUGCUUGUUAUUGAUACCCCAUCCCUGUCUUAUCUACACCUCACUCUCCAGGGAGCAUGCAGCUUCAAAGUGCAAGAGUUUCACAACUUGGAUACCCUGCAUCUU